AUGGCUGAUUUCACUGAAUAUGGCGUGCCUAGCGCAGAAUGGCUCGCACUCGAGCCGACUUUGCCCAAAAUGCCUCAGCUCACGCCGAAGGAAUUGAAGGACUUCUUGAACAAGAAUCGCGAGGAUAUCGCAGCUCAGGCUAUGAUUGACCAAGGCCUCAGCUCCAAGGUCCAAAUCCACGAUCACAAAGUGCCCACUCGUGACGGAGCAACUCUAGAAGCACGCACCUACCGUCCCGCAGGCAUUCCACUCUCACAACCACUUCCACUGUACAUUCACAUCCAUGGAGGAGGCUACGUCUUCGGAACCCUCGCCUCCGAAGAUGCGAUCUGCUCCCGAAUCGUAGCUUCCCGACAAGAAAAAGGCACACCAGUUGCCGUGUUCAACAUAAACUAUCGCCAUACCCCAGAAUACCAAUACCCGACAGCUUGGGACGAUGUGGAGGACGCUUUUGUCUGGGUUCAUGAGCAUAUCACCGAGCUGGGCGGUCUUGGUGACCAGGUCGUUGUGGGCGGUAUUUCUGCCGGUGGUCAAUUGACGGCGUCCCUUGCUCUUGCUCAACUUCGAGGUGACAAUAAGCGCUUGGCAGCUUGCCCAAAGAUUCGGGGUCAGGUCCUCAUGAUUCCGUGCCUUGUUGCUACGUCAUACUAUGGAACGCGGAAGGAGAUGCUUCGCAGUCCUGAAUUGUCGAGCCUUGUGCAAUGUGCUGAUGCGCCUAUUCUGCCGAUGAGCCGGCUCGAUUUCUUCUUGAAAAUGCUGGGGUUGCCUCUUCCGGAAGACGCAAGUCGUGAUCUCCGGAUGAAUCCUGGAAAUGCGACUGCGGAGGAAGUUAAGAAUCUGCCUCCCACGACUUUUGGAAUUGCUGGGAGAGAUCCUUUGCGGGAUGAGGCACUCUUUUAUUCCAAGCUUCUAAAUGACAACGGCGUCCCUACGGAUGUCACUGUUCUCCGCGGUGUCCCUCAUGGAUUCCGGCGGUACGGGAAUGACUUGGAAAGGGCGAGCAAAAAGUGGGACGAAGUCAUGAGUGACGGAAUAACGUGGGCCUUGAGUAAUCCCAAGGCUGGUCCUUGGGAGAUUAAGACCGAUUGA